UCAGUGUGUGUCAGUGUCAGCUGGACCUGCAAUCAGACAUUGUGCUUCUCUAGUUAUUUACUAACAGGCGAGAGUGGUUCAUCCUAUAGACAUUGUACCAAUUGCUUUGUACAGAGCAAGAGCCCAGACCCCGGAGAAGCUAAAAGCAGCCCAUGUAAUAUUUUUCCUUUUGGUUUUACUUUGCUUUGUCUAAAGCGAGGAAGUGCACUGAAUCCUGCAGUUAGGUUAAUAUCGUUUAUAUUCCAAAAAGUGCCCCUAAAGAAGAAGUGGCUCUUAGCAGUGCUCUCUUUAGCUAGUAUGGUGGAGGCGAUUUUGGUUGACUUUUCAAACUUUGUUUUUCACUCUCCAAAUGACCGUACCCAGGAGUGGCUUAGCAAUGCUAUGGAAAUCAUCAAAGCGCACAGCAAGAUCAAGUGUCCAUAUGUUUUUGUGUUCUACCUCGAGAGAGAUACAAACAAUAUCAAUAAAGAUAUCCAAAGCAUUUUACUUAAUUUAUCAGAACAAAUUCCUGUGCCAAAGGAAAACAUCGAUGUCUUAGUGUAUCCAAGUAUGGCUGCCAUCUUGUACAAUGUUAAGCAGAAAAUUGAUAAGCUGAAUCUCAGCACUAUAAAUGUCAUCAUGCCUGUCAAUAAGAAAGCCAUGAUGGAUGUGUACAUCAAUCAACUAUUUACUGCAGUUUAUGAAUUCACAUUUGAAAGACUUGCUACAAGAAAUGAAGGUGGAAUAAAAUUGGAAGCAUCAGUACCUUGCACGAAGGACAAUAAUGUCCUCACUGACCAACAUGCUGAUGAAAUCUGUAAGGAUAUUUGGACAUUUCUAGGGCAACUCAAAGGACUUAUGGGACAGAUUGCAAUUCUCCAUUCUCCACUGAUCCCAGAUGUAUUCCUUCAUGGCUUUACAACAAGAUGUGGUGGCAUAUCCUAUAUACCAAGCCUCAGUUCCUUGAACCUUUUCAGCAGCUUUAAACGUAGAGAUCCAAAGGCUGUGAUUAAUGAGAAUAUACGGCGCUUGGCCACAACUGCAGGAUUUAACCCCAAAAUCUACUACCUCGCAAAGGUAAACCAUGGAAACACCAUCUGGACUAUGGGGAGACCGGAGCCAGCGAACUAUGAUGGAAUUGUGACCAACCAGAAAGGAGUCACCAUAGCAGCACCAGGAGCUGACUGCAUCCCUUUGAUCUUUGCUGAUCCUGUCCAAAUAGCAUGUGGAGCAGCUCAUGCAGGUUGGAGAGGUACUCUGGCUGGAGUGGCUAUAGCUACAGUAAACACAAUGAUGACUGAGUUUGCCUGCAGUAUGAAGGAUAUUCGAGUGGUGAUGGGACCUUGUGUGGGCGAGUGCUGCUUUACACUGCACCAAGAGGCAGCUGAAGAAUUUAUCAAGAUAGACUCGAGCUGCGUGAGAAACACAGAUGGAUCCAAACCUCAUGUGAAUCUUAGACAAGCAACCAGAGUGUUGCUGGAACGUGAAGGGAUUUUAUCAGAAAAUAUAUGUGAUGUUUCCACUUUUAAUCCAAGCAACAAAGGUACUCUUUGUACUGCUUGUCAGCCUGAUAUGUUCUUUUCACACACUCGGGAUGGGCAAAACUUUGGAACCCAAAUUGGAUUCAUAUCUGUCAGAGACUAAAAGCAAAUAUCCAAACUCGUAGAGUGCCUUCUAUUGGUGUCCAAUGGUGCCACCUGCUGGUACCUAUUCUCUUCUAUAAGGUGAAUAGCUGAGUGGAAUAUUACCUGAAAACUAUUUUCUCUUUGGUGCAUCAAUUGCUAUUUGCUACUUGCUUUUUCAACAGAAGGAAUUCCUCCAAGCUGACUUUGUGAAUCCUGAUAGCAAAGGUGUUUUUCUAACAAUAGUUUCACAAUGAUCUUUAAUAAUGCAUUUAAGCGCAUUUAAGUGCUCUGAGAUGCCGUCCGGCGUAGAUGGCGCUAUAUAAAUCCAAGUUAUUGUUGUUGUAACAAAAGCAAAUUAUUUUCUAUUUUUGGAUACAAUAUGGCACCUAGGUUUUGCACACAUCUUUCAGUGAAGUACGAUGCAUAUUAUGUGAGAAAAACUUUGAAGAUUAAUUUUAUCAUAAUUUUUACAUUUUGUUUUUUUUAUAUACAAAAUGUGUCCUGGCCAACAAUCAAUAAAUGUUGUCAUUCACUCUA